UCUGAAGUUAGUUACAAUAGUAAGUAAUUGCAGGGAUCUACGGACUAAGUGUACGUCUCUGUAUUUAUACCCGACAUUAAAUUCAAGUUUCAGUGACUAGCGUUUGUCACAGCGGCUUAAACUAAUUUCAAAGCAAUUUUUCGGAUAAAAGAAGAACUUAAAGAUGUUUCUAACACGUUCAGAAUAUGAUCAUGGCGUUAAUACUUUCUCACCAGAAGGAAGGUUAUUUCAAGUUGAAUAUGCUAUAGAGGCAAUAAAGCUUGGUUCCACUGCGAUUGGAAUUGCAACAUCAGAGGGUGUAGUUUUAGCUGUGGAGAAGCGUAUAACCUCUUCAUUAAUGGAGCCUACAACACUAGAAAAAAUUGUAGAAAUUGAUAAGCACAUUGGAUGUGCUGCAUCUGGUUUAAUAGCUGACUCUAGGACUAUGAUUGAUCGUGCUAGAGCAGAAUGUCAAAACCAUUGGUUUGUUUACAAUGAGAAAAUGUCUGUGGAAUCUACAGCGCAGGCAGUGUCGAAUUUAGCCAUCCGAUUUGGUGAUAGCGAUGAUGAUGGCGGUGCUAUGUCAAGACCAUUUGGUGUAGCAAUGUUAUUUGCUGGUAUUGAUGAAAAAGGGCCUCAGUUGUACCAUAUAGAUCCCUCGGGCACUUUUAUUCAAUUUGAUGCAAAAGCCAUUGGUUCAGGAAGUGAAGGUGCCCAACAAAAUUUACAAGAAGUAUACCACAAGUCUAUGACAUUCAAAGAAGCAAUUAAAGCUGCUUUAACAAUUUUGAAGCAAGUCAUGGAAGAGAAAUUGAAUGAUACUAAUAUAGAAGUAAUGACAAUGACACCUGAGAAACUAUUUCAUAUGUUCACAAAAGCUGAAUUACAGGAGGUGAUUAAAGACAUUGCCUAAACUUCAUAGUGUUUAAAAAUAUAAUGCAUUAAUUGACAUUGGUACACAACACUAUUUGCGGCAGAAAUAUGGAUGCUGUAUGAUUAUAAAUUAUACAUACAUUUCUCACAUAAAGAAUAUGUAAUUUCUAUGCAAUGAACGGUUUUACAUUUUUGUUUUUAUUUUUUUUCAAAACAGGGUCGAUCAUGGUAAACUAUUAAAUGAUUUUAGUAUUAAUUUAUCCUUCACUUUAACUCCCAACUUUUAUAUUGUGUGUGUCUCUAGUAACACGAUAUAAUACAAUUUUUUUUAAUAUUAUUUAAUAAUAUAUCAUAUCGUUUGAUCACUUUUUUCUGUAAUACUAUUUUCAAUUACAUCAUUAUUUGCGUAAUUCUCAUCUUGUUUAAACUUUUAAUUUAGUUAAUCGAUAAUUUGCCGUCAUCAAGAGAAGAUUCAUUAAGAUCAGGAUCCAAUACCUCUGGUCCACUCCCAUCCAUAUCCGUUAGUGGGUGAGAAAUAGUGCAGGAGAACUUUAUUUUAUUAAAACUUCUGUUUCCUAUCUCGCAACUGUUAUUCAUUUUCAUCGAGGUACCAUAUAAUAAACUAUACUUAUAGAAUUGA